AACAGUGCCAGGAAAGAAGAAGAGACAGACAGAGAAAGCGUUGGAAGGACAACAUAAAAGAAUGGACCGGCAUGCUAUUGAAUGAGGUUCUAACUAAGGCUAAGGACAGAGAGGAAUGGAGCAGGACGGUCGACGAAUUUUGCGUGGUGCACCAACGGUCCAACAGACUAAGGGAUAGGAUAGUAGACAGAACACUUCAUUAUGGACAACAUCUUGCAAGACAGCACAAGAGAUGUUGAAGAGGACUCAGAACCUAUUUGUAAAAAAGCCAAGUUGAGCAAUGGCAAAACAAAUGCAGAUGCUGUGAUUCAGUUGGAAAGUAAUUCAGAAGAGGCUAGCAAAGAAAGCAUCCGAAGUAAUGACAUUGGCAUAAGUGUUGAGGUUCCACCAGCUGAGAAGCUUCUGCCUCUGACAGAGUCACAGGCAGGCAUAACAGAAUAUUUGAGCGAUCAUGAAGGUUUCAGUGCAAUCAUUAAACAAAGGUACUCAGACUUUAUUGUCCAUGAAAUAGACAAAGAGGGCAAUGUUGUUCAGCUGACAGACUUGGCAGUGCCAGAGGAUGACCAGCAUGAAGAGACUGCACCUGAAACCGAAAAGGUUACAGAAAGUUGUCCUGAAAUAACAGAAGACAUUCUAAUGAAGCUUGAUCAACUCGCUAACAGUGGAGAUAAAAAGAGCACAGUUGAUGUUGUUGCGCCAGAAGAUAAAGAACGCAGAACACAGAUUCACUUGAUUAUAAAGAAAAGAUUCCCUCAGCUGGAGACUAAGACUGUUGACAAGGAUGGUCAAAAGUUCAUCCAAGCUCUUUUGAGAUCAGGAAAUUCUCGUGGCUCUAAUAAUGAGGAAUGGCCAAAGUCCAAGAAAGCUUGCCAGUUUGUCAAGUUUGUGCUCUAUAAGGAGAACAAAGACACCAUGGACGCACUGGGUCUCAUUUCUAAACUGCUGAAAGUGAAAGAAGGUUUGUUCCAGUACGCAGGCACUAAAGACAAAAGAGCUAAGACAACCCAGGAGGUGACAGCCAACAGAAUUCAUCCUAAGAAACUGGCAUUCUUGAACAAAAUGUUACGGAAUAUGGCAGUUGGUAAUUUUAGGUAUGUCAAAGAACCACUGAAGCUUGGACAGUUAUCAGGGAAUGAGUUUACUAUUGUACUAAGGAAUGUCCAGGCUAGCCCUGAAAAAGUGGACACUGUCCUGGCAUCGCUCAAGUCUGAAGGUUUCAUCAAUUAUUAUGGCAUGCAGCGCUUCGGCACAACCUCAGUGCCGACUCACAAAGUUGGUAGUGCCUUGCUCCAUGGUGACUGGGAGAAAGCCAUCGACUUGAUUCUAAUGCCCAGAGAUGCUCAACUAUCGAAGGAUGAGUUUCAGAAAAAGUGGAAGGAGACGCAUGAUCCUAAAGCAACGUUGGAGUUGACCCCCAGAUACUGUGGUCUGGAGAGAAACUUGUUAUCUGCUUUGGUCAAAAAUAUGAAGCCAUUCAAUGCACUAGAAAAGAUAGCCAGAAACACUCGUAUGCUGUAUGUUCACAGCUACCAAGCGUACGUAUGGAACCAGAUGGUUUCUAAACGCAUGAAAGAAUUAGGGAAAAAAGUUGUGAUUGGUGACCUGGUACUUCCUCGGGACAGUGAUCAAGAGAUUCCAAUUAGUGUAACACAAGACAAUCUGGCAAGCUUUACUUUACAAGACGUUGUCCUACCAUUACCUGGCUAUGACAUCAUCUAUCCUAACAAUGACGUCAAAGACUGGUACAAGAAAACUUUAGAGGCUGAUGGUUUAGAUAUGAAUAAUAUGAAGAGACCACAAAAAGACUAUUCACUGCCUGGAGCUUACAGACACGUUGUUGUCCAGCCUUCGUUGGUCAGCUGGUCACACCAACCCUACGAUGACUACACUCUGCCGCUUGUGCUGAGUGACCUUGACCUGGUCAAGGAGGUGGAGCCACCACAAAAUACUAGUGAAGGAAAACUAAAGUCUGUUAUUUUGACGCUGAGGUUACCUACUUCCUGUUACGCCACAAUGGCUUUGAGAGAAGCUUUGCGUGUGGACACAUCAUCAGCUCAUCAGACUACACUGAAUGUCUUGUCAUGACACGUCUUGUGUACGUGUGUGUGUAUCAGUAUGUCUUGCAAGUGUGCAUGGUUUGCUAUGUGUCAUAUCAGCUGAAUGAACAGACAGUGAAAGCAGCAGAAAGUUGUGUUGUUAAAACUUUUAAUGUGUUCAGGGAAUAAAACUUUGUUGUUUUAUUGAA